CUAAAAUAUCUAAGCAUAAAACAAGCCAUCAAUCUCACAGCUCUCUUCGAACCCAGUUUUAGUUUCCAGACAAAUACUCAAACCUUCUAACAUUCCAAACUUGAAUGUCCAGUUCCAAACAACUCGAUAUUCAAUUCGAAGAUCAUCGCCAAAAUCAGAACAAGUGGUUGUGCCCUCUUAGAGAAGAUGUGUUUGCAGCUUUUAUUAGCAAAGAUAAUCCAACGGUGCACAACAUCUUCGGAGCCGCCAGCUCACUCUUCAGCCCGUUUUUGUUCGGAAAAUUCUUUGAUCCUUCGGAUGCAUUUCCACUUUGGGAGUUCGAUCCGCAAGCUUUGUUGCCGAAUAACUUCAAUAGUUCAGAACACGAAACUGUGGACUGGUUUCGAAUGGAAAACGGUUAUGUCCUAAGAGCACAACUCCCGAACGGGACAAGUCAAAACACAAUCCAAGUUUGCAUCGCAAAUGGGAAGAUUCUAGAGAUAUAUGGCCAAUGGAAACAACAAAGAGAAUCUAAGACGAAGGAUUGGAAGAGCAGUCAUUGGUGGGAGCAUGGCUUUGUAAGGAGGCUCGAACUACCCGAGCAAGCGGAUUGGAGAAAAUUAGAGGCACACGUAAAAAACGAACUCGUUUUAGAGAUCAAAGUUCCUGAUAUUACAACUGAGGGGGAUGUAGCUCAGAUGGUAGAGCGCUCGCUUAGCAUGCGAGAGAAUAAGGAUAGUGUCGAUAAGGUUUCUGUUGAUAGGAGACGGAAAAUGCCACUAAACACUGGGAUAAGAGUGCGGAAAGCAUUUUCAGUAGUAAAUGGGGGCCAAAAUCUACCUCAAGUUAGUGGGCCACCAAGCAGUUCUGGUUCAGAAUGUGGCGUAAGUGAGUUCACUAAAGAGGAAGUCGAAGCUCUACUCAAUGGGAAGUUGCAAAUUAAAAACAAGUUUAAUUACAAGGAAAAAAGCGAACAAAUGGCUGAGUGCAUAAAAAAGCUUAAGCAAUGUAUCAAGUGGUUCCAACAACUCGAAGGCAAUUACGUUACUGAACAAGGGAAACUAAAGGACUUGUUGGGAGUAGCAGAAAAGAGGUCCAAUGAUAUGGAGUUGUUGAUGAAAGCAAAAGAGGAUGAGUUGAAUUCCAUUAUUAUGGAUUUGAGGCAAAAAUUGGAGGAUCUCCAAGAGAAAUUUGUAGGGGAAGAACGAGAGAAAUUGGAUGCGUUAGAUUCUUUGGAGAAGGAGAAAUUUUACAGACUUGCUGCUGAGAAAUUGCAAUUCUCUAUUUCAGAAGAAUUAAAACGAGUUCAAGAGGACAAUGCUGCUGGUAUUCAGAAGAUACAGACGCUUAAUGAUAUGUAUAAGAGAUUACAGGAGUAUAACACAAGCUUACAACAGUAUAAUAGUAGACUGCAGUCAGAACUUCAGGCAACAAAUGAGACAUUAAAGCGUGUUGAGAAGGAGAAGGCAGCAGUAGUGGAGAACUUAAGUACACUGAGGGGCCACUAUACAUCUUUGCAAGAGCAGCUUACGUCCUCAAGAGCAUUGCAAGAUGAGGCUAUGAAACAAAAGGAAGCACUUGGUAGCGAAGUUACGAGCUUGAGAGGUGAUCUGCAGCAAGUACGGGAUGAUCGUGAUCGGCAGUUGCUACAAGUCCAGGCUUUAUCAGCUGAAGUUGUAAAAUACAAAGAAUGUACUGGAAAAUCCAUCGCUGAGUUAGACAGCCUAUCAACUAAAACAACUGAACUAGAGUCGACAUGUUUGUCUCAAAGCGAACAGAUAAGAAGGCUACAGGAGCAACUCGCUUUUGCAGAAAAGAAAUUGAAGCUAUCUGAUAUAUCGGCAAUGGAGACCAGAUCUGAAUUUGAGGAACAGAAGACAACAAUUCUGGAGUUACAGAAUUGUCUGGCUGAUGCAGAGUCAAAGAUUGUAGAAGGGGAGAAACUACGCAAGAAACUGCACAACACAAUCCUGGAGUUGAAAGGGAAUAUCCGCGUGUUUUGUAGAGUGAGGCCCCUUUUGUCCGAUGAUGGGGUUGGAAAUGACGCUAAAGUCGUCUCGUUUCCGAUAUCAACAGAAACACUAGGCCGAGGCAUAGAUUUGGCACAAAAUGGUCAAAAGCAUUCUUUCACUUUUGAUAAAGUGUUCAUGCCCGAUGCCUCUCAGGAAGAUGUUUUUGUGGAGAUCUCACAGCUUGUUCAGAGCGCACUUGAUGGAUAUAAGGUAUGCAUAUUUGCUUAUGGGCAAACAGGUUCAGGCAAGACCCACACGAUGAUGGGUAAGCCAGGACUACCUGAUCAGAAAGGUCUCAUUCCAAGAUCACUAGAGCAGGUAUUCGAGACGAGGCAAAUUCUUCAAGCCCAAGGAUGGAAGUACGACAUGCAGGUUUCAAUGCUUGAGAUAUAUAAUGAAACAAUUCGUGACCUACUGGCACCAAAUAGAACAGGCUUGGACGCGUCACGAGCAGAAAAUGCUGGAAAGCAAUAUGCUAUCAAACAUGAUGCCAAUGGAAACACUCACGUUUCUGAGCUAACUGUUGUGGAUGUUCGAAGUAGCAAGGAGGUUUCUUACCUCUUGGACAGAGCAGCACAAAGCAGGUCAGUAGGAAAGACCCAAAUGAACGAACAGUCUUCAAGGAGUCACUUUGUCUUCACGUUGCGAAUAAUGGGUUUUAAUGAGAGCACUGACCAACAAGUGCAAGGUGUUCUUAACCUGAUCGACCUUGCUGGUAGUGAGCGUUUAUCGAAAAGUGGGUCUACUGGGGAUCGACUGAGAGAAACUCAGGCCAUCAAUAAGAGUUUAUCAUCAUUAAGUGACGUGAUAUUUGCGUUGGCCAAGAAGGAGGAGCAUGUGCCUUACAGGAACUCCAAGCUAACCUAUCUUCUCCAGCCUUGCUUAGGUGGAGACUCAAAGACUUUGAUGUUCGUUAAUGUUUCUCCGGAUCCUUCGUCAGUGGGUGAAUCACUUUGUUCACUUCGGUUCGCAGCUCGUGUGAAUGCCUGUGAAAUUGGGGUCCCAAGACGCCAAACGAACCUAAGAUCAUCAUCAUCCUCCUCAUCAGACUCUCGCCUGAGCAUUGGUUGAUUUUAUUUUAUUAUUUUUGAUUGGAACAAUAAUUAUCUUGAUUUAGAAAAAAGUGUGUGUCGAAUGUAUCUCAUGGCACUCAUUUGUGUAGCCAGCCCGGUUACAUUAAAGGCGCUUCUAACCAUUUUUCCAUUUGUUUCUUUUUUUUUUUCUUUUGGGUUUGUUUGUGGUUGAUAAUAUUGGCUUGUAUUGGUUAUUUCCAUCUCUUGUAACAUGCAUAGAUAUUGGGGUAGUGAGAUGUGUUAUUAUCAUCACUCUUCAAAUUUACAAGCCUUUGUGAAGAUUGUACUCAUUUGUUUGUUCCCAUUAUCUUUUUCCUUUAUAGUUCUCCAAAAUAAGCUUU